AUGACACAAAAGUUUAAGAAUUUUUCUGGAAUUUGCAAACCGGAGUCGAAAAUUUUUUCCCCAAAGUUAGAGUUGGAUUUUUUGAGGGACCAGAGCCGAAUUCCGACACACUGUUCGAAAGUUUCAACUGAAAAAAAAGAGACCUCGAAAGCCUUGAAAGUUUUAAAUGAAGGAAAAGAAGCCUUGAAAGCUUCAACUGAAAGAAAAAAGACAGCUAAAGUUUUGACAGUAGAAAUAGAAGCUUUGAAAGUUUUGAUUAAAGGAAGAAACCUUGAAAAGGCCUUCAAAGUUUUAACUGAAGAAAAAGAGGCCUUAAAAGUUUUAACUGAUGAAAAAGAUGUCUUGAAUGUUUUAAUGAAAAAAAAAGAGGCCUUGGUCCUGAAGGUUUUAAUUGAAGGAAAAAAGCGCUCCUCAAUGAAUUUUGAAAACAGAUGGGUCUUGAGAUCCGCUCUGAACUUCGCAAGUGAUGGAGAAAUAGUUAGAGAAGUAGCCAGUGCAAGAGAACAAGAUAUGGAGAUAUAUGAGAAAAGAAAGGGGCACGAGCAACUAUACGAGCAGCAGAGUUAA